AUGGACAGAUCUUCCGCAAGAAUAUUAGACCCAAUACCUCUCGACCCCGCAAGCUUGUAUAUCAUCCUCAACGAUAUUGGUGACCAGGUUGAGUUCCAUUGGGCAUUGUACCUUGCGAAAAGCCCUACAGAAAAGACUGGCACAGGAAAUUUAUAUCAUGCCACCAACAGGCUUGGGGUGAGCAAAUUUAUAUUCCAAGAGAAAGUCGACUCCAACCUCAACUCGUCCGUAAACUUUCUUGUAGCAGUGAAAAUCGGCGACAUUGAGCCUUAUCUUUGGGACAGCCUAGGAAAUAUGUUGCAUCCACCAGACCAGCAUCCAGAUGGAAAGAUGCCCAUUGACGACUCAACCAAUUGUCGUAGCUGGGUUGUGAAAGCACUCGAACUUCUGGACGAUUACGGAUACAUCAAACUGAAGGGUGAAUCCAUCACAAAGAUUCAAGAUCAAUGUCGCAGAGCUGCUGCAGAUAAUUGGACGUCUCGCGAAAGAACUGUCGAGAAAAGUGGCUACAGCUUUGCUUAG